ACUUUGGUGAAGGUGUAAUGGGAAAUGGCUUACGGAUGUUUAAUAAUAUAUCCACCCGAAUCAAGAAUCAGAAGUAAAAAAAAAAAAAAAAAAAAAAAAAAAAAAACCUUAAGCUUCCUUGUACAGUGCGUCCAUAUAUAGUCAAUCACCGAGAGUGGCUUACUUUCUAUCCCCCCCUUUUUUUAUAAUAAAAAGAGACAACGGCAAACUUCUUUUCUUUUUUUCAUCAAUAAGAAAUAAUUUUAAGAAAAAACUAUGGAUUACACAAAUAAAGUAGUUAUUCUUUAUGGCGGCACUUCAGGCAUUGGCAAAGAGCUAUUGUUUGCCCUUGUUUCAAGAAGCUGUAAUGUGAUCUUUACCGGUACAAACGAAAUUAAAGGAAACAAAGUACUUGAAGAGUUAAAUAUCCUUUACAAGGACUCAAGACCUCAUAAUGCGAUUUUCCAUUGCUCAGAUAUCACUGACUGGGCAGGACAAGAAGAACUUUACCCGCUCGCUGAAGAAACUUUUGGAAAAACUGUCGAUAUUGUAUUGGUGAUUGCAGGAAUUUUGGAUACAUCGAAUUUGAUUAACGAUAUAGAGCAAGAUGGCAAGUAUCGUACAAUCGAAGUCAAUUUAACAGCGGCGAUAAAAGCAAAUCGAUUAGCGAUUCAAUACUUUUUAAAGAAAAAGAAGGGAGGCUGUAUCGUAAAUACUUCAUCUGUUUUUGGUCUUACCGGUGCAUGCACUGCGCCAUUAUACGCCGCUUCUAAGCAUGCCAUUAUAGGAUUGACGAAAAGUUACGGAAGUCUGCUUCGGACCACGGAUAUAAGAGUUAAUGUGGUAGCACCACAUUUUGUAGAAACACCUUUACUUCCCGGCGUCAGUCUUGGGGUAGCUACUAGUUUUGGUAUGGUUAGUAUGAAGGAUUGCAUUGAAGCAUAUUUUUACGUCCUAGAUGAUGAGACACUUAAUGGUGAUGUCGUGAACGUGUCACAUUUGGGCAGAACGACCGAGCCUCGCUAUUCAGAUCCAAUUAUUGAACAAUUAGAUACGAUGUGUAACCAAAGAAGGGAAGAUACUUUAAACGGCAUAUUAAACUAUUUUCAAUAACUUUAAUGUGUGUGUAAAAGUGUAAAUAUAAAGUGGAAGGUGAAGGGAGGAAGCAAUGUCACCGUGUGGAAGAAUAAUGCAUAAGAAUAGAAGUUCCUUUUUUCUCUUUAUAUAUGUUGAAUUUAUCAGUGUCAAAACUG